UACUACUCUCGCGAUUAGACAAAUGGAAAUACACAGACUUUUUUUUUCUUCUGUGUUGUUGCUGCUGCUGCUGCUGUUGUUGUUGUUUGUUACUUUGUUGCCGCUGUUGGUGCUGCUUUUUUGCAUUGCGAACGAAUAAUAUGAAAAAGUGCAUGUACAGUACAUUAGGCAAUAUAUUUAAUCUCCGGUUCGUUUCGUGUUCGCAUAUAUAAUGUGCUCGUCUAUCCAAAUCAGUGAAUAAAAAAGAACGGCAGCCACUACUCGACAAUGUUUUCGCUAUAUUUUUUUUCGAUGAGACUUUUCACCGUGGCACGGCGAAGUGACGACCGAUCGGUUCCAUAUUAAACUGAAUUACCAAGACCAAGACCGCAUAGAAAUUGAAACAAAACCGACGCCAAAUAUUGUUUCGUUUUGAAACUAUUUCGAAAGCAAAAACGAAAAAAAAAAAAAAGUAUUCAAUAAAGGAAAUUCAAAUUAAAGCUAGACUAUGUCAGCGGCUACAUUUAUAACCGUGGAUCCAUACAAGCUUACGAAUUCACCGAUCACAUUAACAUACCCUCCUGCUGCUUUGCCGGUACAAAUACACGCGCAGAAAUUAAUACCGAUGAAAUCAACGGAACACGUAUCAAAUGAAAGAACGUACGCAUCAAUACAGUCUCAACAAGAGUUGAGCCGACUAGUGACGAAUGAAUCAGCGGCGGGCAAACGAAACCCAAAAGAAUUGAUUUACGUGAGACAGACCGCAAGUACGGCUGUCGGCGGCCAUCCAACGACAACAAUAACAAAAACAGCAACAGAAACAAUCAAAUCGAAUUCAUUGGAUUGUGAACGAAUUAAAUGGAAUCCUUCGUUGGGUGGACAAAACACAACGGUUUUGGCAACAAAUACAUCGACGGUGGUGGAAACAGUGCAAAGCAAAUCCAUAGAUUGGCUACUGUCGGUGAAACCUACUCUGUACCCGGAAUUACCCGCCAACGGUACGCGAUCAAUUCCAACGGCGGCAAUGUCAGUGACGAUAAAUUCAGAGCAACAUCAACAGAGCCAACGACAAAUCCGUGUUGAAAAUGUGUCAAAACCGAAAUUGAAUCAUUCCAGCGAUGCAAAAGUGACGUCUGAGACGACAUUGAGUUUUAAUGAGCGAUUGAAAACGGAACCAAAGCAACUAAUCACAUCGUCGCCAGUGAAUGGAAAUGAUGGGCCAGCUACUGCAACCGAUAAUAAUACACACGAAUCUUUACACAAAAGUAUUACCAAUCAUUCAACUGUAGGAAAUUCAUCAUUAUCAUCAACUAAACUAAAUGAGAGUAGCAAAGGAAGGAAGCAAUUGUUGUCGGAGCGACGACAACUGAAGCAAAACAAAUCGGAAGCCAAAAGUAUACGGGAGAAAAAGCAGAAAUGUGCAAAUGGUGGCAAGAGUGUUGGGUCGACGGGACGAAAGAGUGCUGCUGCGGCCCAGCAUGAUUCACUAUCAUCAUCGAGAUUCCCAGUGAAAUGCAGCGAAAAUGGAACAUUCGGUUCGGCAAGCUCAAUGCAGCCACAGCAGCAGCAGCAGCCGAAUAAUGCAGAGAGAUUUUCUGGCAAACGAAUGGACAAGGAAUGGCAUUCACCUGAAUCGUACAUUUAUGACGAUAUCAGCUCCGACACGAUCGCCGAUAGCACGGAAUACACCACAUGCAUGCAAACAUUUUGGUUUCGUGAUAUACCCAAUGAGAAUCUGUUAACGCGCGAACAACGAAUGGAAAAUAAGCGCGAUAACCUUCGUCGGCAAGCAUUUCAAUAUGCACAGGCGCAACAUUUUCGGAGUACAAUGUUAGCGAAACGACGACUAAUUACAGUAACAAAAGCAUUAGCCAAAUUUAAAAAUGAACGGAAUAAAGCUUCACCAACAAAAUGUAGUGUUCAAGCGUGCUCAAAUGCGGCACUAGCGAUGACUGCAUAUUGUUAUUUACACAUUACGCUUAAUAAGGAUCAAAAACUUUUUCAUCCUUGUACUGCAAAAUUCUCGGAUAAUUCACAAUGCCGUGUACCUGUUUUCGAUAUAAGCCACGAGCUGCCGCUCUGCCGUGAACAUGCAUGGAAGCGCGAUAACUACAAUCGAAUUUUACAAGAACAAAAACCGAAGAAAAGCAUCAAAACCAAGACCAAAUCGAUAGAACCGGUUCGCCAGCCGAAACGAAAUAAAAAAAAAAAGCGACGCAAUACACAAUUGGUGUUGACCGAACCAACGCAAAUGAUUCCAAAGCAGCAAUUAAAGCAGGCCAUCGGUCAACUGAAUGCCAAUGUUGUCGCCAACAAUGCCUGCAUCAAUCCCACCACCGUCUCUGCCGCCACCACCAAACAGAGUAUCCAGCCAAUGAUAAAUGUUGUAUGGAAUCAAGAUCUAUUUCGGAAGCAUCACAGUGGUGGUGAAACACCGCAAAUAAUUAGUGCAAAAUCGCCGGCACUUAUGACAUCGAUGAACAAAUAUCUACCGGACAAUGUGAUGGUGUAUCAACUCAGUAAUUCAAUGCCGAAUGCGCAAAAGAUUAAAAUCCAAAACAUUAUCACGGUGGGUGAGAAUAGUUCGGCGUAUGAAAGUUCCGAGGAUACGGGCGUCGGUGAGCUAAGUGAAUCGGAAUUGAUCACCGCACAAGAUGGCAUCGAAAUACCAUUGGGUGAUGCUCGGCUCCUCGAAGAACAUGACUUAACGAAUGUCCUCAACCAAUUACCAGUGGAUGCUUUUAAUGACUUGUUCCAAGUGCAACAACAUGACCACUAUGAGCCGACACAAAAAGAGCAAGAUGAGCUAGCUCGUGCUCUAGAGGAAGUUGACGAACAAGUGAAAUCGCUUGAGCAAAUGACAAGCUCGAGCAACUUUUUAGAUAAUUUUCUCGAUGUUAACGAUGAGAUACUCGACGGCUCCGAUAUAUGUGACGAAGUCCUAACAACAUCAUCGGUUAAAAAUGAUAUUCGCGGUCUCGUACAUACAUAGAGAUAAAGAGAUCGAGAGCAGCGAAACGGAGAAGGAGACACCGAAAAGAGUCCGGUAAAUGCCGGGCCAUAAAUGACAGGGAUAGAAGCGUUAUUUUUUUUUGAGACGCAGUGAGAUAGAAAAAAAAGAGUGAACACACAUUCAUUUUAGAAUAGGCAAACUAAAAACAAAUGAGGAUGAGAGAAACAAAAGUGAAAAGAAUGAUAGAAAGAAAAAAAAAUGUAUCUGCUGAAAAUUUUAUUUCAUGUACACACACAUCGGCUUCAUUUACGUAUUGUACACUAAUUAAUUUAUAUAAUCAUAUCUUUGGUGGAGAUGUUUUUAAUCCUUUGUGUUGCAACAAAAAAAAUUGUCGUUUUUUAAAUAAAUUAUUUUUUUAUUUAAAUUCACACAUAAUAAAUUUGGAUGAAACAAAAAGAAAACAAAUAAAAAAAAGCCACACGCACUUUAA